AAGAUUUUCCCAUCGUUUCGUGUUCCAUCACACGUGUUGUUAUUAUUGCGUAAAGUUGUAUUAAAAAUAGUAGUUUCAAAAUUUUCACCAAAAUUUAAUCAUAAAACUUCGGGUCGACCGAUGCUGCUGCUGUUGUUUAUGAACACCCGGUACACUUGACUCUCUGAGCGUAAUCAGUAAAAAUCGGAGGGAGCUAUGGCAUCAGAUAAUGAAUCUGACGCCGAACUCGAUGAGAACUAUUACACAUUUCUCAAUUUGCCGCGAGAUGCAACAGCCGAGCAAAUUAACACCGCCUACCGGAAGCAGAGCCGCAUUUAUCAUCCGGACAAGCAUCAGGAUCCGGAAAGCAAGAAGAAAGCCGAAAUGAUGUUCAAUCGAACGAAGCGCGCCUAUGAAGUACUUUCGGAUCCGCAUCAGCGAGCUAUCUACGAUUCGGUAGGCGAGAAGGGACUCAAAACGGAGGGCUGGGAGAUAGUGCAUCGAACGCGGACGCCGGCUGAGAUCAGGGAGGAGUAUGAACGGUUGGCACAAGCAGCCGCAGAGCGUCGCUUGCAACAGCGCACUAAUCCACGGGGCAACAUCACCAUUAAUGUGAAUGCCACUGAGAUAUUUACACCCUACGAUGACUCAGAGAUGCCGCGAGUGGAGAUCGGCUCCAUGAGCAUUGCCCAGUCCAUUGAGGCGCCCAUCACCCGCAAGGAUAUGAUUGUCAUGAGCGGCAACUUGUACUCAUCGAAUGGAACUGGCAACGGCGGCUUCAUGAUCGCCGGACGUCGACUCCUCAACAAGGGCUGGCUGGAAGUUUGCUUGGGCGCCGGCAAUGGAUUCCUCUUGGGACUUAAGGGUGGACGCACGCUUACGUCGAAGGUUACGGUCAACGGCGGAACGAACAUGAAUUUUCAGGAAAACGGCGUUAUUCCCGCCGUCUUCUCCACGUUAGCUGUACAGCUCGAUAAGCACACCAUUGGCAGCCUGACCCUCAAUGCUGGUCCACAGUCGUCCAUGACCACGCAGGUUGAUCACUCCAAUGAUCAGCACGCGAUCAGCACAUCCUUUGUGCUGGGAACGCCGCACAUCUACUUCAGUAUGUCCUAUACGAGAAAGAUGCUGGACAACGAGAUGAAGCUUAAAUUAGCCGCCAAAGUGGGCACAUUUGGAUUUCUUGGCGAAUAUGGUGUGGAAAAGAAGGUUUCUAAAUACAGCUCGUUGAUAGCAACCGUCUCCAUUGGAGUGCCUUCCGGAGUAAUCCUAAAAUUAAAAAUAAUACGUUCAAAUCAAUCGUAUGUGUUUCCAAUACAUCUGAGUGAUGAAAUCGUGCCCGCUGCCGUUUUCUAUGCUUCAGUGACGCCCAUAAUUGCGUGGUUCUUUGUGAAGAAGGCAAUUAUGGAUCCCAUGGAAGCAGAUCGAAAGAACAUCGAAGUAGAGCGCUCAAAGAGACAGAAUGAGCAGCGUCUCGUUGCCAAGAAAUUGGAGGCAAUGGCUGCCAUACAUUUGAUGCAGAGUACCUAUAAUCGUAUAUUGAACGAGGAGCAGGGCCGACAAGGUCUGGUCAUCAAGAGGGCAAUAUAUGGAUGCACAAGUGAAGAUGACGCUCAAUUCAAGCCAGAGGCAUCACAUGAUGUGACAAUACCGAUACAGUGUCUAGUCAGGGAUAGCGUUCUUCAGUUGUAUGACUCAUCAAAGAGCGAUUUACCUGGCUUUUUUGAUCCGAGUUUAGGAGAUGACAAGAUCUUACGCAUAGAAUAUACUUAUAAGGAUGUACCGAAAACUAUCAAUAUAAAGGACAAUGAGCCAGUACGACUGCCAGUAUAGAGCCCAUUUGUAUAAAUCUUCAGUCUUGUGUUAAAAUUGUUUUUAUAAUUCAUAGUAAAUCGUACAUACAUACAAAUAUACCUACAACUCAUA